AUGCUACUUAUCCUUUUUGCUUUCGAGGAUGUUAAAUGGACUUGCAAUUUCAACGGUACUAGAGAUUUCACUUUCCCUGCUGGUCUUUAUGAGAUUAAAAUUCAAGGAGCGCGUGGAGGAGACGCAUGUAAUGAUGGAAGUUCUGCCGGAACUGGAGGAAAUGGUGCUAAAGUUAGUGCAAAUGUAAGGAUACGAGGAUCCAAAAACGUUACUUUUGUCAUUGGCGGAACUCCAGAAAUUAAUACUUGCGAUAAAUACAAUAAAGGAGGAACUCCGGGUCAGGGCGGCGACGGUGGUAAUGAUAAUAGUGGAAAUGGAAAUGAUUAUUCCGGAGGUGGUGGUGGUUACAGCGAAAUGAAAGAUUCAAUUACUGAUCAAACAAUCAUGCUUGCGGGAGGUGGCUCUGGGGGCUGCGGAAGCAAAGAUGGUGGAUAUGGUGGCACUGAAAAUAGCUAUGGCGGCUAUAUUAAUGGCUAUCUUGGCUUGAGUUAUGAUGAGCAUCAGCAAGGGAGAAGAGGAGGUAAAGGAACUGAUAGAGAUCUUAUUCCAGGAGCCGGCGGCGGUGGCGGGUACUAUGGAGGAAAUGGUGGUUACGGAACUGUUGGAAUUUAUCUUUAUCAUUAUUAUGCUUGUGGAUUCGGAGGUUCAUCGUACUAUGAUAAAACAAAUGGCGAUAACUCAUGGUUUGAUGGUGAAGUUAAAGUUGAAGCUGGAAUCGAUACUUAUCAAGAAAAAAAUUCUCAUGGGUGUUACCAAAUUAAAACUCUUUACAAAUGCAUCGAUCAUUGUUAUGACUGUAGAGAUGAUAAUACAUGCUUGACGUGUGAAUCAGGAUAUAUCAAGUAUAAUAACAGAUGCUAUUCAUCUUGCCCGGAAAAAACAUUUUAUGCAUCAAAUACAUGUGUGCAAUGCCAUUCUAGCUGCCAAACAUGUUCGGGGACAUCAAGUGACCAGUGCACUUCUUGUCCAGCUGGAAAGAUUUUAUGGAAAGGACAAUGUUUACCGUCAAGAACUAUGAUUCCUACACCACUGAUCACUCCUAUAUAUACACCAUACGGUACACCAUUCUUAACUGCGAUAGAGACACCUUAUGAUACACCAUAUCUGACAAAUGCAUAA